UUAAAACAGACAUGGAUCCAGUAUCUGUGUUUUUUCCUUCUCUCACUCGAACCUCUGAGUUUUGCGAACCUUCCCAUACAGUUUCUAACAAGAGAGAGAGAGACUGACUUGUGGCUAUCGAUCGAUCGAUCGAUCUUCGGUCCGAGCCUCAGAGCAAUCAACGGACUUGAGAUAUUUUCUAGACCGAGUUUUCACAUGGUAAAAGAAUCUUGGAUGCAUAACAGAGCUGAUUUUGAAUCCUAUACCAGCAAGCCGAGAUGGUGCUUAUGGAUUUUCAUGAACACCAACUGGUGACGAAACCACAUCAGGACCACAAUGAAAAAACGAACUGCGAUGGUUGCGGACUAGUGAUCACAGGCACAAGCUACGUUUGCCCCUCACCAGAUUGUUGUGUCAAUCUUCAUAUUAUAUGUGCAAGAUUACCUUCAAAACUGGUUUCCUAUAAAGAGCACCCACAUCACCCUCUUGAAUUAUGUCGCAGCUUGGGUUACCCUAACUGGCCUGGACUCAUAUGUGAUGUCUGUGACAAACACUACCCGCCAAUGUCUACAUUCUUCUUCUACCACUGUAGGCUAUGCGGAUUUGAUGUUGACUUGAUUUGUGCUGCCUUGACACUCCCUAUCUCUCAUCAAUGGCACAAACAGCACCAGCUACAAGCUCGCCUCUCCCUGGCCACCUCAUUCUCGUGCUCUGCUUGUGGGGGGAAGCAUGAAGAAGAAGGAAUCUUCUUUCGAUGCUUAAAAUGCCCGUUCUGGCUUCAUGACAGUUGUUUCUUGUUGCCACAAAAAUUAAUGCAUCAAACACACCACCAUGUUCUUUCACUUGGGAUUGAAAUAAGGGAUUCCCCACCUGACGUUGUUUUCUUGUGCGCUGUCUGCAAUGAACAAGUGACUUGUCCUGUCACCUAUGCGUUCUAUCGUUGUAAGGAUUGCUCUUAUUAUAUUCAUGUCAAGUGUUUAAACAAAUCCAGGAUGGCUGGGAAGGAAGAUGAGAUAACAGAUGGGGCGGAUGGGCAGAGCAGUCAACGGCUGGAAUUGGAUGAUUUAAUCUGCUUGCCAGCCCCUGAUGUUCAGUCGUUGAAUUCUGCUAGGAACAAUCUUAUCAAAAGACUAUGUCAGACAGAAGAAGACGACGAUGACCGUGAUCAUGAUCAUCAGCUUCAACACAUUGGACAUCAUCAUCCCUUGAUUCUUUUCAAUGAUCAGGAGAAAAAUGAAGCAGAGAACGAUGAAAGAUGUGAUGCUUGUAUACUACCCAUCUCAGGUCAACUAUAUUACGGUUGUUGUCAUGAUUCAUGCAACUUUUAUCUGCACAAAUGGUGUGCUGCUCUACCAAACGAGCUAAGAAACUGCCCGUGUCAUUUUCUCGAUCAUCCAAUGCAGCUUACGAUGACUAAAGAAUUGUUUCCAUUUGGUUUCUUCAAAUGCAAAGGCUGCUGGUACUUGGGAAACGGUUUCGCCUACAAAUGUGUGAAAUGCAAAGAUUACUGUCUUUGUGUUAGAUGUGCUUCUCUUCCACGCAAUAUCAAACACGAAACUCACGAACAUUCUCUCACGUUAAAGCAAGGUCGAUCAGCCGGAGCUUGUAGCGCUUGCAGGUUCAGUCUAUCGGCCGAACAGUCUGCUUGCAAUAAGUGCAUGUUCUACCCGGAUGCAGUUACUACCACUUUCUGGAUGUCGUUUGGAUGUGACUCCUGCUUCUUUGCAUUACACGCUGAUUGCGCCUUUUUGCCACGUACAAUUAGACAUAGGUUCGAUGAACAACACCCGUUCGUGUUAUCGUCAUCGGCAUCGAGUUCGAUAGCUGUUGAAAUUAAAGAAAUGAGUGCUGAGCUGUUUUGCGAGUUCUGCGAGAGUAAAGAGGAUAUAGCGGGCGGUUGGUAUUAUGGUUGUAGGGAGUGCAAUAUGUUUGCGAGUGGAGGAUGUCUGGGAGAUGAUGUUGGGUUGUUUUCGUUGAUAAAGUAUGGGGGGAGGUACGAUUCUCCGUAUCACUCGGAGCACUCUCUCGGGUGUGCUCCGACGAUUCGUGAAGGAAGCAAACCUUGUGAUCGAUGUGGGGAGAAGGAUUUUUGUGGUAAUGUGAUGUUGGGAUGUGAUCAAUGUAAGGUUUUUUUUCAUCUAAAAUGUGCUUACAUGGCUCCAUGAUUAGAUAUUGAAUAUGAUAGUUUAUUGUACAUU